AAGUACUAUAAACAGUGUGCAGUUAUUUGGUUUGUAACGGACUCCCUCCUUCAGGUGUCACAUCAACAAAGAGGACACCUCAGGAGCAAGACGGUGUACCUUAUCUGCUCCUAAGGGGGACCGGCGUGAAGGAACACAGCAUUUUGGGGAGGUUGUGGAGAGCUGUUCACGAACUAGGUGGGUGAAGGGAGCCUGAAUAAAGCCGUGGUUGUGGGCUCUCUCCCACGGAUGGAAAGGGGAGUGGUCUUAGCCAUGCUGGACUACAAUAAAAGGCAUUUGUGUGGACGUCUUAGGAGCCCAAACUUUCCAGUAGCAUCACCGGUGGCUGCUGUAUCAGGGUUUUCUGGCACAACUCAUAAAGACAGAUAGACAGAAAAAAAAGGAAAGAAAGAGAAACGUUUAUUGAAAGCAAAGAACUCUUGACUCUCGUUAACUAGCUGAUAGGUGCAACUUUUCUUUUUGGCUUUUUUUGCAUUUUGUGUAAAGAAAGUCUGGUGUUAAAAAAAAGAAAGAGAAAAUGAGCACUUUGCUGUCCCUUGUGCUUUCCCUCACCCUGGCCAGCAGCGUGUAUAGUGACACGAACGGUGCUGCUUCUCAAUCUUCAGAGAACCGAGUGUUUGCCAGUCAUGGUUCCAAUGUCACUCUACCAUGCCGGAUACACCGCGAGUACGGGGUCAACUUUGGCAGACUGGGCAUGAAGAUCAAGUGGACCAAGAUGUCCAUGGACGAGUCAGUGGAGGAGGACGUGCUUGAGUCCAUGGGUGGCUUACACGAGAACAGCUACGGCAGCUUCCAGGGCCGCGUCCACCUCCUGGAGGAAGACGAUGAUGAUGCCUCACUGAUUCUCACUGAUGUGUCCCAGGACGAUGUUGGAAAGUUCAUCUGUGAAGUCAUUGAUGGCUUUGAUGACAACAUCCAUGUGGUCAUCUUGGAGGUGCAAGGUAGUGUAGGCUACAGCGAUGGCGUGGUCUUCCCUUACUCUCCGCGGCUGGGCCGAUACAACCUCAACUUUCACGAUGCUGAGCAGGCCUGCUUGGGCCAGGACGCUACGGUGGCGUCUUUCGAUCAGCUGUACGAGGCCUGGAGGGGUGGCCUGGACUGGUGCAAUGCCGGCUGGCUGAGCGACGGCACCGUGCAAUAUCCCAUCACCAACCCCAGAGGGCCAUGCGGAGGCGCCAACUCUGUGGCGGGCCUGAGGAACUACGGUCAGCGUGACAAGUCCAGCAGCCGCUUCGACGUCUUCUGCUUCUCUGGCGCUCUGAGGGGAGAGUUCUACUGGCUGGUGCAGCCCAACAGGCUGACAUUUGCCGAGGCUGUUCUGGCGUGCCAGGAUGACGGGGCGGAGAUUGCCAAGGUGGGCCAGAUGUACGCUGCAUGGAAACUUAAUGGUUAUGACCGCUGCGACUCUGGCUGGCUGGCCGAUGGCAGUGUCCGCUACCCGAUCUCCAGGCCACGCAAGAAUUGCAGCCCGACUGAGGCGGCUGUGCGCCUCGUUGGAUUCCCCGACAAGAAGCAGAAGCUCUACGGGGUCUACUGCUUUAAGGGCCAGCAGUAAAUAGGGAAGGUUUAGCCUUAUGCACCAAAACCUUGUAAAAACCAAAGAAAAACCCCACCCAUACAACACCAGUACAAUGAUUCACAUGAACUAGGAUUAGCACAUUACCUUGCCAAAACUGGGAUAACCUUUUUUAUUCUUUCAAAUCAUGAAAACUGUAAAAGCUUAUGUUUAUAUUGCAAUGAUCAAUAUGCAUAUUUUAAGCUGGAAUUAGAUAAAAAUAUAUGACCAUUGUUUGACGGGAGCAGAGGUCUGCUUAGUAACACUUGCCACAAACUAUGACAAAGUGUAAGAAGAUUUGAAAUAAUGUCACAUUUCAAUCCCAAGCAAAUCUUCCUCUAUGUAGAAGAAUAAUUAAUACAGUAUAGUCAAGUUAUCAAGCUGACUGUAAAUCUGAAAACAGUGAUCAACAAGGAUUUUCUUCUAAAAUGUCCAUAAAAUCUGUCCACUAACGUUAGUAGAAAAGGUUUAUUAAGUCCUACUCUCCGAAAACACUUUGUAUUUCUUACCAGUGUUGCUUUAAUUAUUUUGUUCCCAUUUCACAUUUAAAGACUACCCCCCACUUACUAACAAUCCUUCAGAGCACAUUUCAAAUUUAUGAACUGUCUUUAAAAAAGUAUGUUAAUGGUAUAAUAUGAAUGUGUAAAUGUCAUAGAUAGCAUAGAUCAAUACAUGUCGAUAAUCAAAGCAAUACUGAACAAUAAUUGCACCUAAUAUAAAACCUUUGUUCUUUUUAACAGUGUUUGUAUUGGCUUGUUUCUGAUGUUCUAUUUAUGUCACUGUGUGUGGCCAAUUACUUUGUGAAAUUGUUUACAAUGACAACAUUUUUGUGUCUCUUUCAAGAGAUGGAAUUUGAUGCAUACUUCCCAAAAGUACAAACAUUUCAGUAAUGGAAAAAUGUCAGCACACUAUAGCAUUAAAAACAAAUGACUAAGCCGUCCACGAACCACCCACAGCCAAGUGUAUACCAGGAUUGCAUCACAGUACAACUGGUGUGAGUAUUGUAUUUGCAAACCAAAAUGAAAUGUGAUAUUGGUCUUAAACAGUUGUACAGUAGCAGCUGAAUGUAUUUAACACUGGAAUGGCAGCCAAAAAAGGAUUAACGUUGACAAACUGCUGCUGACACAGAUCAUUUGGGUUGAGAAGAAAACACUAGGUUCACAUUGCACUUUUCAUGGUAUUUGACUACCUUUGAAACAGUUCCUAGUGUGCAACAGUGCUUUAAAAGUACCUCAAAACCACUUUUGAAAUCGCAUGUUAAGCCAUGUUAAGCCAUGUCUGUCUUAAUGAAAAAAUCGACUCGCCGAAGGGUCUGAAUUAAAUUCUGAUUUGAAGAGGUUGGCCCAGUCCAUAGUCAAACAGCAAAAAAAUCUAAAAGGGUAAAAAAAUGAACCCUUGAGAUCAGUGUUCUAGCAUGACAAAAAUAUCAUCAUGUUUCAAGGGCAGUAAUCAGCAUUGAUCUAUAUGCAGUGGUAAAAAAGAUGGUGUUCUCUUUAUGUUAGAUAUUUUAAAGUGCUCUCUCAGCACUGGAAUACAAAGUGGGCCCUUUGAUAUGCAGAAGGUUAAAAACUAACUAAUGCUGACUAAUAAAACUGAUCAUACAAAUGAUGGUGAUCUUGAUUUUGUUUUUGUGUUGUUUACACUGACCUUGUUCUGUUUCUUGGUCUAGCAUUUCAUUGUUUGGUUGAACCUGGUUUACUAAUUGCAGUUGGAUGGAAAAACUAUUACACAGACAGACCUUACCACAUUUGUAUUAUCAUUGUAUAACCCUGGAGAUAUUGUUUGUAUUCUAAUGCCAUGUACCUUUUUGAAAAAGGACUUUCUCCCUAUACCUGUGGACAAUUGUGUUCAUUGGUUGUGCUAUGUAUGCUAGGGUAUUGGGUAUAACUAAGAUAUAAAUGUAAGCACUGAUGGCACAGAAUCACUCAGAACUAGUUCUUAAUCAUUAUUUUGAGAAAUGUGUAACUCUGGCAUACAUUUGACACAAUAAACACUGAAUGCCUGUAA